CCAAGCACAACACUUCAAAAUUUAUUUAUUACUAUUUAUUGUUAAAAUCAGCCUCUCUACCGUUUUCCCGCAAAACACUUCUGAGAUUCAAUUAUUUUCUCUCAAUUUCUCGGCGGCCAAACGCCGCAUUCCGACCGGAAAAUGCCGUGGAAGGUGGCGCUAAUCGUGUUGCUGUCCCUCGCGCUCCUCUUCUCUCCGUCGCAAUCCGCGGUCUUCAGCAUAGAUCUAGGUUCCGAAUCGGUGAAGGUCGCGGUGGUGAACCUCAAGCCCGGCCAAUCGCCGAUCUCGAUCGCGAUCAACGAGAUGUCCAAGCGCAAGUCGCCGGCGCUCGUCUCCUUCCACGACGGCCACCGCCUCCUCGGCGAGGAGGCGGCGGGCCUCGUCGCGCGCUAUCCGCAGAAAGUCUAUUCCCAAAUGCGCGACCUCGUGGCCAAACCCUACGCCUCCGCGCAGAGGAUCCUGGACUCAAUGUACCUCCCUUUCGAGGCCAAGGAGGAUCCCCGAGGCGGCGUGAGUUUCGUCGCGGACGAUGGAAACGGCGCCGUUUACUCCCCAGAGGAGCUCGUUGCCAUGGUUCUGGGUUAUGCCAUAAACUUGGCCGAGUUUCAUGCGAAGAUUCCGAUAAAGGACGCGGUGAUCGCGGUGCCGCCGUAUAUGGGACAGGCCGAGCGGAGAGGGCUGCUUGCGGCGGCGCAGUUAGCGGGGAUGAACGUUUUGUCUCUGAUAAACGAGCAUUCCGGUGCGGCGCUGCAGUAUGGGAUCGAUAAGGACUUCUCGAACGAGUCGAGACACGUGAUUUUCUACGACAUGGGAGCCAGAAGUACCUACGCGGCGCUUGUGUAUUUUUCGUCUUACAAGGGGUAGGGGGAUGGGGAGAGCGUUUCGGUGAACCAGUUUCAGGUUAAGGAUGUUCGUUGGAACCCGGAGCUUGGUGGCCAGCAUAUGGAGUUGCGAUUGGUCGAGUAUUUUGCUGAUCAGUUCAACGCCCAAGUUGGUGGUGGAGUGGAUGUCAGGAAGUUUCCCAAAGCCAUGGCUAAAUUGAAGAAACAGGUUAAGCGAACCAAAGAAAUUCUUAGUGCAAACACUGCAGCUCCUAUUUCGGUUGAAUCCCUCCAUGAUGACAUCGACUUCAGGAGCACAAUAACCCGUGAGAAAUUUGAAGAGCUCUGUGAGGACAUUUGGGAAAAAUCGAUUUCACCUGUGAAAGAGCUGCUUGAGCAUUCUGGCCUAUCAUUGGAACAGAUAUAUGCAGUGGAAUUGAUUGGAGGUGCCACCAGAGUGCCAAAAUUACAGGCUAAGCUUCAAGAAUUCCUUGGGAGAAAAGAACUUGAUAGGCAUCUUGAUGCUGAUGAAGCAAUAGUUCUUGGUGCAGCUCUGCAUGCCGCAAAUUUAAGUGAUGGAAUCAAAUUGAACCGCAAACUAGGAAUGGUUGAUGGUUCCUUAUAUGGAUUUGUGGUUGAGUUGAAUGGUCCUGAUCUCGUGAAAGAUGAAAGCUCUAGGCAGUUACUUGUACCACGAAUGAAGAAAGUUCCGAGUAAGAUGUUUAGAUCCGUUAACCAUAACAAAGAUUUUGAAGUUUCACUAGCUUAUGAAAGUGAGCAUCAUUUGCCUCCUGGCGUUACCUCUCCUGAAAUUGCAAAAUACCAGAUAUCUGGUUUGACAGAUGCAAGUGAGAAAUACUCAUCUCGGAAUCUGUCAGCCCCUAUCAAGGCAAGCAUACAUUUUUCUAUUAGUAGAAGUGGAAUUCUUUCUCUGGAUCGGGCAGACGCUGUUAUUGAAAUAACAGAGUGGGUGGAAGUUCCUAGGAAGAAUUUGACCGUAGAGAAUUCAACAAUUUCAUCAAAUGUUUCGGCUGAAUCUGCUACUAGUAACAAUUCUGAGGAAAACAAUGAAAGUAUGCAAACUGAUAGUGGGAUUAGUAAGACAUCCAACAGUAGUGCAGAGGAGGAAGCUACUGCUGAGCCUGCUACAGAGAAAAAGCUGAAAAAGCGGACCUUUAGGGUACCAUUAAAGAUUGUUGAGAAUGGACCUGCAAUGUCUCUAUCACAAGAUUUUAUUGAUGAAGCCAAAAGAAAAUUACAAGCACUAGAUCUAAAAGAUGCAGAGAGAAAAAGAACAGCGGAGUUAAAAAAUAAUUUAGAAGGAUAUAUAUAUUCUACGAAGGAAAAGAUUGAAACUAUUGAGGAGUUUGAAAAAGUUUCUACAAGUGAGGAACGUCAAUCCUUCAUUGAGAAGCUUGAUCAGGUGCAAGAUUGGUUGUAUACAGAUGGUGAAGAUGCCAAUGCAACAGAGUUUCAAGAGCGUCUAGAUCAGUUAAAAGCUGUUGGAGAUCCAAUUUUCUUCAGGUUAAAAGAGCUCACAGCUAGACCAACAGCAGUUGAGCAUGCUCAUAAAUACAUUGAUGAGUUGAAACAGAUUGUUCAAGAGUGGAAAGCAAAAAAGUCUUGGCUUCCACAAGAAAGAGUAGAUGAGGUUAUAAAAAAUUCUGAAAAAUUAAAGAAUUGGUUGGAUGAGAAAGAAGCUGAGCAAAAGAAUACUUCUGGAUUCAGUAAGCCAGCAUUUACAUCUGAAGAAGUAUAUUUAAAGGUGCUUGAUCUGCAAAAUAAGGUUGCCAGCAUUAAUAAAAUUCCCAAGCCGAAGCCUAAGGUUCAGAAGCCUGUAAAGAACGAAACUGAGAACAGUGAGCAGAAUACAGAUAAUUCCGAUUCUACUUCAACUGAUAGUUCCUCCUCAAGUGAUCCAUCUGCUAACAAUUCAGAAGGCACAAGUGAAGAAACAGAUACUGAGCAACCCGAAGUUCAUGAUGAGCUAUGAUUAUCUUGGAUUGCAUGUAACUCCAGUUUUAAUCAUCUACCUGCAACGUUUUUAUAGUCAGAGAUCUAGACCGGUAAUAGUAGAAUGAAUAGGUGAAAAGUAGGCUGUAUCAGUUUUCAGCGAGCAGGAGAAUAGAGUUGAGGCAACAUUUGCUGGUUGAAUGCUAAAAUUUUGAGGUUAGUUGGUUGGUACUGUAGUAGAUGAUUAAUUUUCCCUUUUAUAUUUAAGGGGUGGCAACUUGUAAUUCACAACCAUAUGAAAGGUUGUAUUUGCCGAAACAGAAUGUGAUAGGGGAAGAAAAAAAGAAAAAGUCACGAGGUUUUAUUUGCUCCAAACAUCAUAUAGAAAUUUUGUUUCAGUGACUAGUAAUUUUAAACGAAUUGUUUCUUCUUGAAGCAGCA